AUGAUCACCGCAAGGUCAUUCGCUGCGGCGAGGGCAUGCGCUCGCUCGCCGCUCCUCCGUCCAGUCCAGCAUCAGCGACGAUCUCUGGCCACUGUCUCCUCAACUCUCUUUCCCGGCGAGCCUUCAGCUCCUCACCUUGUGACCUCCGCCAUCCCAGGACCCAAGUCGAAGGAGCUCAGCGAUGGUAUUGGCACCUUCCAAGAGAACCGUGCACAUGGUUUUGUCGUCGACUACGCUAAAUCUCAAGGCAACUGGAUCGCCGACGCUGAUGGCAAUGUCUUGCUCGACAUGUUUGCUCAGAUUGCCUCUAUCGCCAUUGGCUACAACAACCCUGACCUCAUUGCUCUUGCAAAGACCGACGAGUUCAUCACCGCUACCAUGAACCGUGCCGCUCUUGGCUCUUUUCCUCCCACCAACUGGCAGGAGCUCGUCGAAACCGGCUUGGGCACCGUCAAACCUAAGGGCCUGUCCCAGGUGAUGACGGCAAUGUGCGGCUCAUGUGCCAACGAGAUCGCUUUCAAGGCAGCCUUCAUGGCCUACCGCGCUCGCGAGAGAGGUGACAAAGCCGACUUCACCGCCGACGAGAUGCAAAGCUGCAUGAAGAACCAGUCACCCGGUAGUCCCGACCUUUCCAUUCUCAGCUUCACCAGCGCCUUCCACGGCCGUCUCUUUGGUUCCCUCUCAGCAACCCGAUCCAAGGCUAUUCACAAGCUCGACAUUCCUUCCUUCAACUGGCCCGUCGUUGCAUGGCCGGAUGUCAAGUAUCCCUUCUCGCAGAAUGCAAGGGAGAACGUCGAGGCCGAGAAGGCAUCGCUUGCUGCUGUGGAAGAGGCCAUUGUCAGCUCGACCAAGGCUGGCUCGUCUUACGGUCCUGUUGCUGCUCUCAUAGUCGAGCCCAUUCAGUCGGAAGGUGGAGACAAUCACGCUUCGCCAGCCUUUUUCCAGGGUCUGCGGGACGUAACCAAGAAGCACGGUGUCUUCCUGAUUGUCGACGAGGUUCAGACAGGUGUUGGAGCUACGGGUUCAUUCUGGGCACACGAGCGCUGGAACUUGGCAACUCCACCAGACUUUGUCACCUUCUCCAAGAAGAUGCAGGCUGCCGGCUUCUAUCAUAAUGUCGAGUCUCGUCCAUCCCUGCCUUACCGCAACUAUAACACUUGGAUGGGCGAUCCCACGCGUACCCUGCAGGCUCGUCAGAUCAUUCGCACAAUCCAAGACCAUGGCCUCGUCAAGAAGACGGAUGAAGUCGGCAACUACGUCUACAAGGCGCUCUAUGACAUGAUCGAGAACGGUGCUGGGCGCGGCAAGGUCGAGAAGCUCAGAGGUGAGAACGCGGGUACUUUCUUGGCGUUUGACGGCAAUACACCCGAGGUGCGAGACAAGCUGAUCAUGGAGAUGAGGAAGCAAGGUAUUCACAUGGGCGGUUGUGGUGAGAAGGCUGUCCGAUUGAGGCCAAUGCUGGUGUUUGAGCAGAAGCAUGCUGAUCUCUUCCUUGAGAAGCUUGAAAAAGCUUUCGGCCAACUGUAA